AUGGUCGAUGCAGACCCAGCUCAGACGAGUCCGGACAUUGUUUCCGGACCUGAUGACAUGGCAUUUGUGGAGGCUCCGAGGGAACGGCGUUUGAGACGAUCAAAUACCGCUCCCAAGAAACAGGAGACUGGCGGUCUUAUGGGGCUGAUCGGAACUUUGCGUCAACACAUUCGCCCUGAACUGCCUGAACGCCAAAAGUCUAGGUCUUACAAGGACGAGGAUGCCAAGUACAUGACGGAGCCAGAGCGAGAGGACGCUCGGCGCCAGAGACGGGACGAGAGGAGAAGACGCGCAAUGAGACCGGACCCUGACCGUGAGGGCUAUGCUACCGAUGCUGGACCAGCAAUGGCUGUCCCGGAAAUUCAGAUAGAAGAUGUCGAUGCUAGGAGAGAGGCGCGCAGAGCACGGCGCGCUUCUCGACAGGGCGACGUUGAUCCGUAUCAAGACAACGAGUUUCAAGAAGCCGAAGAACGACGAGCAAGACGGCGGGAAAGGCAAAGGGCUCGUGAGCGCGAGAUGCAAGAGAUGCAACUCCGAGAGGAAGAGGAGAGAGCACAGCGACGCCGAGAGGAGAAGAUGGCUCGUCGGGCUGCUCGUGAAGAGCGCCGUGCCCGGGAGGAGCAAGAAGCUCGAGAGGCGGAAGCGCAGGCACAGGAAGCCAGAGAAGUGGAGGCCCGCGAAGCUAGGGCUGCGGAACGCCGCGAACGGAGGCGGCAGGAAAGGGAGGCAGGAAUAUAUGAGAACCCUAGCUACGACCCGAGAUCCAGAAAGCGGCACUCGUAUAUGGAUGAUAGAGCCGCCAGGGACUUCUACAUGCAGGGCGGGGACCCGGACAGGGCCUAUCGCUCUCGCCGUCAUGGAGACGACGGUGAACACGCUAGACGCCGAAGGUCCAGGGCGCCCGAGGAGACGAGACCUCUACCUAUGAUGCCUGGACAGCGCAAAGAUAAGACCUCUUCUUGGGUUAAUUCACAAGCAAGUGACCCCCCCGAGCCACCGCCGGUUGUGCCAACUAUGUUGGACAUGCCGCCUGCUCCGGGAGAGCCCAUGGAUGGGGCACACUCAAUCUCAUCGGACGAGGAGGCCCGACGCGACCUACGCCGGAAGGCAAGAAGACGGGCCAGAUACCCCGGACUUACCGACCAGGAGAUUGAGGAGGAGCGCUUGAGGAAACGCGAGGCUCGGAGGUCUGAGAGAGGACAGAAGAGCAGCUCCGGUAGUGCAGACUACGAACGAGACCGUGGAAUGAGAUAUGACCGCUACGACCAACCACCUCCUAGUUCUGGAGGGAAGCUGCCUAACUGGUUUAAGAAACUUACCAGCUUUUAA